AAAUUGCUGCAAGUCAUUAAGUGGAGAUCCUAUACAAUGCAUUUAGGAACAAACAUUUACCCCACUACAGUGGAACUUAUCAGUGUUUAUGUCGUUUCUACCACUAUAUAAAACCGAACCAGGUUCCCUCGACAGCUAGAUACAAAGAGUUGCUGGUACAGUUCUUGAAAAAUUUACAAACCUACAUUCAAGAUGCCUUCAAUUCGCUUGGGAGACGUCGUUCCAAAUUUCAGCGCCGAAACCACCCAAGGGCCGAUUAAUUUUUACGAGUGGCAAGGAGAUAAAUGGGUUGUUCUUUUUUCCCAUCCUGCCGACUUUACACCGGUGUGUACAACAGAACUGGGUCGCAUAGCUGUCCACGAACCAUACUUCACUAAGAGGAAUGUAAAACUGCUGGCGCAUUCGGUGGACGAUAUCAAAUCACAUCAGGAUUGGGUGAACGAUAUCAAGAACUACUGUCAAGAUAUCCCGGGGGAAUUCCCUUAUCCGAUCAUAGCUGACCCAAAGAGAAAAUUGGCUGUACAGUUGGACAUGCUAGACAGUGAAAAUCGGCAGAAAGAAGAGUACGCCACGACAAUCAGAGCCUUGUACAUCAUCGACCCCAAGCAUACACUGAGAUUGUCGAUGUUCUACCCCAGCAGUACCGGACGGAAUGUAGAUGAAAUACUAAGAGUCAUCGAUUCUCUACAACUCGUCGAUAGAAUUCCUCAGGUUGCCACUCCAGCUAACUGGGUGCCUGGUGAAAAAGUGAUGAUCCUGCCGACAGUGAGCGAUAGCGAAAUACAAAAACUGUUCCCAGGUGAAGUUGAUGUCGUUAGAAUGCCUUCUGGAAUCACUUACGUCCGCACCACCACCAACUACUAGAUUUGAAAGGCCACAAUCCAAUCAUCUAAAAUAUCAACGUAGCCAUGCUUCUAACAAAUGACUGUCGUUGUCACGACUACGACUUGGUAUAACAUUGUUUAACUAGGCAGCUGUUUAUAUGUGAAUAAGUAGACAAUUUUUUAAAUCAAUGUUUUCAAUAAAAAAUUUCCUCAAAAUCUAUAUA